AUGACGGGCUCAGCAACUCCUAAAAGUGCCACCACAAAUGCGGGUCAACGGCCUAUCUCACGAACCGAGAGCUCGAACCCGCGAGGAUUUCAAAUCAACCAGCUCAGACGGCGCUUCCGUCCCACAGAGAGCGAUGAUGAGUCGGGGACCACAUUAUCUUUCCAACUAGUUCCCUCAGAUCCGGACUUUCCUUUCGAAUUGGAGCGCCUGCAAUGUGCUCUCUUCGUUCCCUCAACAUACCCUGCACAAGGCAGACCUUCGCUGAAAGUGGGGAAUCCUGAAAUCGGAGCCGCGUUCCAGGAGAAUAUCUCGCGGGGGUUUGACGACAUCAUUGAUAUUUCACUGAGAAUGAAUGGGCGUGGAACUCUGCUCAACUGGAUAAACUCCCUUGACCGGCACCUCGAGCGUUUACUUACCACCACGGAGCGGGGACCGACGCUCAAGUUUGUACCCAAUGCUCGGAAAGAAGAGCCCAGCAAAGCUUUACUGGAUAACUUGGGAUCAUUAGCAGUGUCUGAAAAAGUUGAGCUGAAGAGAUACGAGCCUCCGGCACCGGUCGAGAUACGUCCUGUCUAUACAGCGGAAGAAAGAGCGCAGGCGGAGAAGCGAAGAGCGGUCGAGACGAAGCAGCUCGAAGCACGCCUUGGGAGACUGCCGCUGUUUCAGAAAGCUAAAGACGGCCUUUCAUUCGUCAUGCCCAUCCAGCCCACUAAGAUCGAUCGACUUCCGAUUCCGCUCAGACCAGUCAAGACCGUCAAGCUUACCGUACCUUCGCUGUAUCCCCUCGAGCCUAGUUCCAUCGAGCUACAGGGCAUCCGCGGCAGUGAGGCGUAUGCAGUGGAAGUUGGCUUUGCGCAAUGGUUAAAGGACCAUUCGCAAUUGAACUUGGUGUCACAAGUCAAUUAUCUGGCGAGCAAUAUCCAUAAUUUCGCGAAGACGGUGGUCGAGGAUCCUGUCGAACCCAAACGGCCUGAGCCGGAAACCACAGUUCCAGAUGAACCGCAGCCUCCUGUGGAAGAACAUCCGCCUACAGACGAGGACAAGCCACAUCUCCAUGUUAUUCAGCGACCCCCGGAGUGGACCGUCGACGAUGAUGCAAGUGGCAGCGAGGAGACAGAUAUCACCAGCUCGGAAGGUGAGUACUCGGACGACGAAACAGAUGGCGGUGCGCCAAUUUCAGAUCUACCGGAGCCUACGACCGAACAUGGCGUUGCACUUUCAUUUCCAUUCCUCGAGCUUUACGGUAUUGAGCUACUUGAACUUGUGGGUCUCUACAUCACGAUCAAAUGUGACAGGUGCAAAGAGCAGUUGGAUGUGCGAAAUAUACCCCAGACAAAGGAUAGUAGCGGCGUCCUAUCUCCGAAGGUCGAAACCUGCAAGAAAUGCACAAACACCAUGAGCAUAGGAUUUCGACGGAUGCUGAUGCAUUCCAACUCCAACCGUGCGGGCUACCUGGAUCUGGAUGGCUGCACUGUCGUUGAUCUUCUCCCUAGCGGAUUUAUUCCAACGUGCGCGGAAUGUUCGGCCCCCUUCCCAGGACCUGGGGUAGUCGCAGUGCGAGGCGAGAGCGCCAUGGCCAAUUGCCGCCAAUGCCAUCGAAAAAUGGUGUUCAAAGUACCUGAAGUAAAAUUCCUCAAAAUAGGAUCCGCAGCCUUCACGUCUCGGGAUCGUGCUCCAGCGCGAAAGAAGCCAAAGGAAGUUCUCGGUAUUGUAGCAGGUCAGGAACUACCCCGUCGCGGUCGAUGCAUGCACUACAGCAAAAGCUACCGCUGGUUCAGAUUCAGCUGCUGCCAGAAAGUCUUUCCAUGCGAUAAAUGCCACGACGCGGCCACAGAUCAUCCAAAUGAGCACGCCAACCGCAUGAUUUGCGGCUUCUGCUCUCGCGAACAAAUUUAUCGCCCGGAGAACUGCGGGAUUUGCCGUUCGUACCUAGUCGGGAAGGCAGGGAGCGGUUUCUGGGAAGGAGGGAAAGGCACUAGGAACAAGACUUUGAUGAGCAGGAAAGACCCGCGGAAGUACAAGCGCCGGCCAGGUUCUACGCCCGGUGGUACCAGCUCUUCGAAGAAGAAAUGA